CGCUCCGCUCUCACCGAUUUCCUCGCCUCAAACAAUAUCUCCGCCGCUCAAAUUCGCGACGAUUACGACCGACGUGAAGCAGACGCAGCACGCCAAGCGGCUGAGGAGGAAGAGGCUGCCGCCCUCGACCGCGAAGAGCCAGAAUAUGACCCCGAGCCCGAUUCCCCGGAGGAGAAAACAAAGAAGCGCAAGCGACAGCAAGCCAUUGAAAAGAUCAAGAAGAGCAAGGAAUUCGCCCGUCGCAAGGCUCGACGGACUGGCGAACCUGACGAUGAUGAUGAUGCACUGGCCAAUGAGAUGAUGGAUGAAAAACAGCGUCCGACUCCGGGACAGCUAGAAAACUGUGAAAUCUGUGGCAAGCGGUUUACGGUUACAGCUUACAGCAAGACGGGGCCCAGCGGAGGCCUCCUCUGUACAGAAUGUUCCAAAAAACAUGUCGACGGAGGAAAGAAGGCCCCGCCUAAGAAACGCAGCUCGGGAAUUGGACGACGUCAAAACCAAAGUAACCUGCUAGAUGGACUGGCUUCUCAAGGCGCUCAGACUCUACUGGAGACGUGCAUCAAAAAAGUAGCUGAGAACAUUGGCGAUGUGGAGGAGUUUGGCGACCUACCUCCGGCGGUGAUGCAUCGACUCAGCCAAAUUCUGGCCAGAAGGCGAGCGAUAACCUCGAGGACUUUGGACCUUUUCUUACGCCCCCAGAACAAGGAGAUCAACAUAUACGAUUGUGCCAAGCUUGGCACCGAUGACUACCAUAAGAUCCUUGCCACUGUGCCGGGCUUAACCAAGCUCAAUCUGCGCUUCGUCACGCCGAUGAAGGACCGCAUUUUCCAAUACAUGAUGGACCGUGACAUGAAUAUCCAAGACUUACACUUAGACUCACCAAACUUGGUGACUGACGAAAUAUGGCAGCAACUCUUCAUUCAGCUAGGUCCGCGCCUUCGGAGCCUGAAGCUGUGGAACCUUGAUUCUGCAUUUGAUGACGAGACUGCUGAAGUCAUGGCCAAGCAGUGCACCCAACUACAGCGUCUGAAAUUGAAGCAUCUGACAAAGAUUGGUGACAAAGCGCUGGAAGCAAUUUCGACCAUGAAAACACUGGAGCACUUGUCUCUCUAUAUCAGCCAGGAAACAGCUCCGGAGCCUCUGCUUCAGAUUCUUACCGAGCUCGGUCCUAAUCUCCAUUCUCUAUCACUGGAGGAAUUUUAUUAUGCAGAUGACAGACUCCUUCAGCUCAUACACGAAAGGUGCCGACAUCUGUAUAAGCUUCGGCUUGCCAUGAACGCCGAGUUUACAGACAAGGCUUUAGCCAGCCUCUUCCGCGACUGGUCCAAUCCCCCAUUAACAUUCGUGGACUUCCACCGAGUCCGGGACGUGGAUAUGGCCAAUCCUGGCGGGCCCCCUGAGCCCAUCGGUCUUGCCUCAGAUGGCUUCGUCGCCAUGAUGGAGCACUCCGGCUCCAAACUUCAAAGUUUGAACGUGGCCUCGUGUCGUCACAUCUCGUACGCAGCAUACGAAGAAGCUUUUGGAGAGCACAAGCGAUAUCCAGAGCUCAAGUAUCUAGACAUUUCAUUCAACGGCGUCGUCGAUGACUACUUGGCGCAGUGCAUCUUUCGGUGCUGUCCGGCGCUUACACGAAUGGUUGUCUUUGGCUGCUUCAAGAUCCGCGACAUCAAGAUACCCAGGGGCGUUGCGGUGAUCGGCACCGUUGGCGCGAAACUAAUUGUUGAUGGAAUUGCUCAGCAAGAGGUUGUUUGA